GGCCCCCCCGGGAUGCUGCGCGGCGCUGAGCACUGAGGCGGGCGCCAUGGGGCGCGCGUCGUAGCCCCCCGCCGUGGCCCCCCCCGCGCGUGGCACCGGUGGCGGAGCCCACUCGGUCGGUGCUGGGCGCUCCUUGAUGGAAUUGCGGUGAAUGGAACAGAAGCCCAGCACCCUGGACCCGCUGUCGGAGCCAGAGGACACCCGGUGGCUGGAUGGCAAGCGCAAAAGAAAGAGCAGCCAAUGUUUGGUGAAGAGCAGCAUGUCAGGGUACAUCCCUAGUUACCUGGACAAAGAUGAACAGUGCGUGGUGUGCGGGGACAAAGCCACCGGCUACCACUACCGCUGCAUCACCUGCGAGGGCUGCAAGGGCUUUUUCCGGCGGACCAUCCAGAAGAACCUGCACCCCACCUACUCGUGCAAGUACGAUGGGUGCUGCGUCAUCGACAAGAUCACCCGCAACCAGUGCCAGCUGUGCCGCUUCAAGAAGUGCAUCUCCGUGGGCAUGGCCAUGGACCUGGUGCUGGACGACUCGAAGCGGGUAGCGAAGAGGAAGCUGAUCGAGGAGAACCGGGAGCGGCGGCGCAAGGAGGAGAUGAUCAAGUCGCUGCAGCACCGCCCCAGCCCCAGCGCCGAGGAGUGGGAGCUGAUCCACGUGGUGACGGAGGCGCACCGCAGCACCAACGCCCAGGGCAGCCACUGGAAGCAGAAGCGGAAAUUCCUGCCUGAGGACAUCGGCCAGUCGCCCAUGGCCUCCAUGCCCGACGGGGACAAAGUCGACCUGGAGGCGUUCAGCGAGUUUACAAAAAUCAUCACCCCGGCCAUCACCCGCGUGGUCGACUUUGCCAAAAAACUGCCCAUGUUUUCGGAGCUGCCUUGCGAAGACCAGAUCAUCCUGCUGAAGGGGUGCUGCAUGGAGAUCAUGUCGCUGCGGGCGGCCGUGCGCUACGACCCCGAGAGCGAGACGCUGACGCUGAGCGGGGAGAUGGCCGUCAAGCGCGAGCAGCUCAAGAACGGCGGCCUCGGCGUCGUCUCCGACGCCAUCUUCGACCUGGGCAAGUCCCUCUCUGCCUUCAACCUGGACGACACCGAGGUGGCCCUGCUCCAGGCCGUGCUGCUCAUGUCCUCAGACCGGACGGGGCUGAUCUGCGUGGACAAGAUCGAGAAGUGCCAGGAGACGUACCUGCUGGCGUUCGAGCACUACAUCAACUACCGCAAACACAACAUUCCCCACUUCUGGCCCAAGCUGCUGAUGAAGGUGACGGAUCUGCGCAUGAUCGGCGCCUGCCACGCCAGCCGCUUCCUGCACAUGAAGGUGGAGUGCCCCACCGAGCUCUUCCCCCCCCUCUUCCUCGAGGUCUUCGAGGACCAGGAGGUGUAGGGCCCCCCCCCCCCCCCCCCAAGCGGCGCUCCCGGCCCCGCGCCCCCCCCCCCCCCCCCCCCGGCCCCCCCCAGCCCCGUGCGCCCCCCCCCUCCCGCCCCUCCCCGAUUUUCUUUUUCUGCCCCCGAAGGUGGGCGAGGGCGGCGGUGCUGCACCCGGGGAGGGGCUGGGGGGGGGGGAACACGUACCGGGCAGGGGGGGCUUCGUGCCGCCGCUCGCACCAGGAUCCCCGGCUGCCCCCCAUAAGCCCCCCCCCAGGGCCCCACGCCGCCCCACCCCCCGCGCCCCCGGACUUGACGAAUUUUGUUUGUUUGCACAGGGAAGGGCCCCGACGGUCGAGCGUUUCCUUUAUUGUUCUUCUCUUCUUAGAUUAUUAUUUUUUAAGCAUUUAUUUCCCUCCCUGAGAGGCUAAAAUAUUAAACUAACUGCACUUUGGAAGGAGAGAGGAGAGGAGAGGAGGAGGAGGAGGAGGAGGAGGAGGAGGAGGAGGAGGAGGAGGAGGAGGAGGAGGAGGAGGAGGAGGAGGAGGAGGAAGAGCAGAGGAGAGGAGGGGGCUGGGGGCUGCACAGGGAGAGGCCGCCCCGGCCACGCGCACUUUGGGCCGGGCGGGGGCCGGGGGGGGAGCAUGGGGGGGGGCAACGAGGGGGACCCCAACCCUGCCAUGGGGCACAUGGGGCCGGCGGAAGCCCCCGGCCCCCUCGCCGUGCCCGGCCGGGUGGGGGGGGAGGACCCCCCCCCUGCACCCCCCCACCCCUCUUUCGGGGCCGGAUUCGGGGCUUUGGAUUUUUCUCUCUUUUUUUUUUUUUUUUUUUAAUUUUUUUUUGGGCUGAAAGGAGAGGGUUUUGUGCCAAGCGCGGGCAGACGGUGCGCGCUGCGGGCGGGGAGGGGGGGGGGACGCCCCCCCCCCCAACACCCCUUUUCCGUUGUCUCCCCCCACCCACCCCCGACCCCGUGUCAUCGUCCUUUUAUUUGUCGUUUUCCGUAAAAAAAAGAAAAAAAAUCAAAAAACCAACAAAAAAAAAAGAAAAAAACCCCAAGUUGCAAUGGCCCCGGAGGUGCCAGCACGGCGCGGCCCCCCCCCUCACUGCACUACUGCCCCGGCCCCCCCCCAGCAGCAACAGCACUUCGGGGGGGGGCCCGGCACCCCCAGGGCGGCUCGGGGGGGGCCGGCAGGGGCUCGGCGCGGGGCAGGGGGCUGCGGCGGGGGCACUUUUAAUGGUUUUAUCACCUUUUUUCCUCCCCCCCACCCCCCCCCCGGAUUUAGGUUUGUGAAUUUUUUCUUACCUCAGGCGGAGGCCGAGGGGGGGGCGCGGGGCCGGGCGAGGCACGGCCGGCAGGCAGGCGGGCUGCCGGGGCCCAGUUAAGCUAAUAUAUAUAUAUAUAUAAAUAUAUAUAAAAUAUAUAAUUUUUGUAAUUAAAAAAAAAAAAUCUUUUUACGGGUCGUUUAAAAGCAGAAAUCCCAACACGAGACACUUCCUCCCCCCGUGGGGCUGGGGGGGGCGUGUGCCCCCCCCCCUCCUGCCCACUGCAGCUCCCCCCCCCCGGCCCUGCCGCCGGGGAGAGGGGGGGGGUCCGUGUCUGGGGGGGCAGCGGGGGCUGUGCCAGACCCCAAAAGCUGGGGUGGGGGAGGGGGGGGCAGCGGGGCCGUGGUGUGGCAGAGCCCCUGGGGCGGGGGGGGACAUGCGGUGCCCUCCGUGCAAAAUGUCUUAAAGCCCCCACCCGGGUGCCCGGCAUGUGGGGGGGGCCCGGUGGGCACAGCCCCCCCCCGCCCCCCCCAGCAUCGGGUUGUGCAAUAGGAGUCACUGCAGGAAACACAAACGCCUGCACUGGGGGGGUUUGGGGGGGGGCACAGGGUUUGGGAUGCGUCGUGUCCCGUCCCCCCCCAGGCCCCCGGCACCCGACCCGAUGCUCACGGUCACGCUCGGCGGGCGUGUGCCAGCACCCGGCCUUACCACGUGCCUUUGGGCCGGGGGCAGGAGCUGCGCCCCCCCCCCCCCCGGGGCACGGUGCCCUCCCCCCCCCCCGCAGUGGCCACACUGCACCGGUGCCGUGACAUGCAACAGCCGUGCCGUGGCGGUGCAAUGCCCGUGCAAUGGCCGUGCCACGGUGCAGCGCGUGUGCAAUGAGCGUGCACUGCUGGUGCAGUGCAUGUGCCGUGCCGGUGCAAUGCGUGUGCAAUGCGCGUGCCCUGCUGGUGCACUGCCACGCUGUGCUGGCGCCGUGCACAUGCAAUGCCCGUGCAACGGCCACACCACGGUGCGACGCACGUGCAAAAGCUGUGCGACGCCCGUGCCGUGCCGGUGCAAUGCCACGCAGUGGGCACGCUGUGCUGCUGCAGUGCACGUGCAACGCCCAUGUAACAGCCACGCCGUGGUGCAGUGCACGUGCAGUGGUUGUGUUGCACCAAUGCAACGCCGUGCAGUGCCCGUGCCGUGCCCGUAACGUGUUGGCGCAGUGCCCGCGCCAUUUUGGCACGGUGCCCAUGCCGUGGCCGUGCCGUGUUGGUGCAAUGCCCGUACAAUGCCCGUGCACUGCCCGUGCCGUGCGGUGCUGGUGCAAUGCCCGUGCAAUGGCCGUGCCGUGUUGGUGCAAUGGCCGUGCCGUGUUGGUGCAAUGCCCGUGCACUGCCCGUGCCAUGCCGUGCCGGUGCAGUGCCCCGCCGUGGCCACACGAUGCCCGUUCUCGCCGCCUGCCCACGCGUGGCCGCGCCGGUGCCCUGUGGCAGCCCACCCCGCGGUGGGGGGGGGGGGAGGGGGGGGGGGGGGGGGGGCACAGCCCGGUCCCGCUGCCCCCGCCGUGGGGUCCCCGCGCUCGCCCGCACCCACCCGCACUCCUGCCUGCGCCCCGGGCCGCUCCGUCUCGUCUCCGUCUCGUGUCGCCAUCGCACGUCCAG